UGAGGAGCUCCCAAUAUGGAUCCGGGGGGAAACGGAGGAGGCGGGAGCGGCGCCGGCGGCGGGAAGAUCCGGACGCGGCGUUACCACCUGGCAGCGGCCUCCUCGAAGCCUUAUCCCAGGAACAAGCAGGGUAUUAUUAAUAUUGUGAAGGAAUCUGUGAAGAACAUUGUCCCUACUUGGCUUCAGCGAUACUUCAGACAAAGUGAAGAGGCAUCCCCUGAUGAACAAAGGAGUCAGGAGGAGAAUGUGAACUUUCAUCCUGAUUUUGCUUCUGACAUCACAGACAAUGCUCUGGAAAUUGAUGGCCGAAUCACUCCUGAACCAACGAGAAUUAAUUUAGAAGGGCCCUCAACGAGUAGGGCUGGUUUACACUUCACAGAUAUUUUAACAAGACCCUCUCUCCAUCGGAGUCACCUUAACUGCACCAUCUUAGAUUCCCCACUGCCACUUUGUCAACCCUCCACAUCAUCGGCAUUUCAGAUUAGUAACUCUGGACUUUCACUUGGAAAGGAAAUGAAAGAUUCUACCUCUCAGCAUGAUGAUGACAACAUCUCAACUACUAGUGGCUUCUCAUCAAGAGCAUCUGAUAAAGAUAUAGCUGUUUCAAAAAGUGCUUCAGUACCGCCAGUCUGGUCUGCAGAGGCCGAAAGGCCCAGCUCUCAGCACGCUACGGCCACCAGCUUGAAAAAACCUGGCUUUAAUCUCUCGGCCUUUGGAGCCCUCUCCCCUUCCCUUGGUAACACAUCGGUUCUUAAGACAAGCCAGCUUGGGAAUUCUCCAUUUUAUCCUGGAAAAACUACGUACGGAGGUGCAGCUGCCGCAGCAAGGCAAUCCAAAGCACGGAUUAUUCCUUAUCAGACGCCGAUAAGAAGACAAAUGAAAGCCAAGCAAGUGAAUGCACAGUCCUAUGGAGUGACAAGUUCCACUGCACGGCGUAUCCUGCAGUCACUGGAGAAGAUGUCAAGUCCACUAUCACCUGCAGAAGGAAAUACGCUGAAUGUCACUGACUUUCAUUCUCCAAGAAAAAGGGUUGAAUCCCAUUAUCCUCCAGUCCAGAUGCUUGUGACACCCAAGGCUGUUUCACUGUCAAUGAGUCGGUCACAAUAUUUUAAACCAUCUCUAACAUCUGCUGCUGAAUCAGGCAGGAUUCGACAGAGAAUAGAGAUGAACCACGAAGGAGUGAAAGAGAAAAAUCCAUCAGAACAUCAAAGAGAUCUGUCAGAAAGGACUGUCUCAAACCCUAAGUUCAGUACUUCUGCAUCCAAUGGAUUACCUCCAGCAGUGGGAAGUGGUGGCGGCAAGAUGAGGAGGGAAAGAGGUGUCCACUAUGUAUCAAAAUCUGCACGAGAGGAGGAGGAGUUGGAGGUGCCAGUACUACCAGAAAUAUCUUUGCCCAUCAGCGCGUCCUCAUUGCCAAACUUCAGCUUUGGCCCUCUUGCUAGUACUACGGCUUCAUCUUCACCUGUCAGCUCUGCACAAUCAGUACCUAAAAAGGUGCAACCAGCCAGUAAUGCUAGCAGUCCUGUGUUCAGAUUUUCAUCUCCAAUUGUAAAAUCCACUGAAGCAGAAGUGCUACCAGCCAUGUCUGUUGGCGGUUUUAAAUUUAGUGUCCCUGUGGCAAAAUCAUCUGAGCCUUCAGAACCCAAGGAUGCUCCAGUUAUGCCUCUGAUCAAUGCAGCAGUCAAUAAUAUCAGCAAUAAGAGAGAAAAUGAAGAGUAUGAUGGUCCCUUUAAGCCUGCAAAAGUCCUGAAAGAAGGAAGUGUGCUGGAUAUUUUAAAGACUCCUGGCUUUGCCUCUCCAACCACUUAUUCCUCAUCAGCUACUCCACCUGUCACAACAAGCACAGUAGUUUAUACAAGGCCAGCAAUAAGUAGCUUCUCAGCAGCUGCUUCAGGACUUGGAGAUACUUCAAAACAAACCUCAUCGUAUUGGCAGUGUGAGGCAUGUCUAGUGGAAAACAAGGCAACGGACAGCAAAUGCAUAGCCUGUCAGACGGCUAAAGUGUCAACAUCAGAUGGUACUAAACACUCUGGUACUUUGAAUAUCGCCAUCAAAUCAGCUGUUUCUACAACAGGGACACAGGGCUUUGGAGACAAGUUUAAGGCAGCAGUUGGAACUUGGGACUGUGACACUUGUUUGGUUCAGAACAAACCAGAAGCUACAAAAUGUGUGGCCUGUGAAACACCAAAACCUGGAACAGGAGUAAAACCAGCUCUUGUCUUGCCUGUGGUCACAGAAAAUACAAUGACGGUGUCUUCCUCUUCUAGCUCCACUGAUACAACAGUCACUUUGGGAUUUGGGGACAAAUUCAAGAAGCCAAAAGGGGCUUGGGAGUGUUCUGUGUGCUUAGUGUCAAAUAAGGCAGAGGACAGCAAAUGUGUGGCCUGUCAGUCAGACAAACCAGGAGGUUUGGUGCCUGUGGUGAGUAGCAGUGCUUCCUGUUUGCCCAGUCUUUCUGGUGGUUUUCUGGGCUUAGACAAAUUCAAGAAACCAGAAGGGAGUUGGGACUGCGAGACCUGCUUAGUACAGAACAAAUCAGAUGCCACAAAGUGUGUGGCUUGUGAGAGUGCAAAACCGGGCAGCAAGGCGGAAGUAAAAGGUCUUGGUACUUCUACUCUUUCUGCUGCUUCCUCGGCCCCAUCUGCUCCUUUGUUUAAGUUUGGUAUUCAGUCAUCCUCUUUAGAAUCGCCUCAGAUGCUGGGAAGCACAGGGAAAGACUUCAAGAUUGGAGAACAAACAGGAUUUAAAUUUGGUAUUACGUCAGAUCUUGGAGGCUCAGCGAACGCUGUGACCGGAGGAUUUAAGAUCUCCGAAGCUGAAGGCUCCACGCUGGGAAGCUUUCCAGUGGAGACUAAAUCAGAGGACCGCUCAAAAGAGAGCAAGAGUAGCAGCAGCUUCAGCUUUGGACUUGCGUCUGGUGCUACCAGUACAUCUAGCACAGGGUUUCAGUUUGGAAUAGCUAACCUCGGGCAGCAAGAGAAGAAAGAAGGACUUAACAAGCCUGCUCUGGGGAGUUUCAGUUUUGGCACAGCCUCUGCAGCUUCAUCAGAGAAUAAAACUGGAAUAAGUGGCUUUAAAUUUGGAAAUUCUGAGGGAAAGGAAGGUGCGGUGACUCCCUUUUCCUUUAAGAACCUGGAAGGGAAGAAAGAGGAGAUUCCCUCAGCAAAAAGUGGGUUUGCUUUUGGUACUGUGGAACCUGUGACUGCCCCGCAGCUUGUUUUGGAAAGGACAGAUGACAAACAGGAGACUGUGGCCCCUUCAAAUCCAUUGGUGUUUGGAAAGAAAGCAGAGAAUGAAGAGGCAAAGGCGCAACCCAUCUUUGAAUUUGGGAAGGUGGAGCAAACCAAAGAUGACAGCACAGGAAAACCUGCUUUUAGUUUCAACCUGGCAAAACCAGCAGAGAAAGAAACUGAGCAACCAACAAAGGCAGGUUUUACAUUUGGUGCACACACCAACCCUGCAGAUCCAGGAUCAGCAAAGCCUGCAUUCAGUUUCUUGAGCCCUAGUUCUUCUAACUCUGCUGUGCCGAGUGUUUCUGCUGGCAGCAGUGGCAGCAGCAGCAGAGUAUUCAGCAGUACUACAUCUGCCUCCAAUCCUCCUCCACCAACCUUUUUGUUUGGACAGGCCAGCAGCACUGUGAGCAGCUCUGCUUUUGGUAAUCCCACUGACUCCAGCACAUCACAGUCCUUUGGGUUCUCUCAAGAGAGCAAGCCACCAGCGACCACCUCCAGCACAAACACCCCUGUUCCAUUUCUCUUUGGGACAGCAGCUACGACUAACAGUACUGCUAACUCUGGCUUCAGUUUUGCAGCCCCCACCACCUCCACCACCACUGCAACUUCCACAGGUUCCUCCUCUUCAUUUGUGUUUGGUUCUGGGUCUUCAGCAUCUGCCCCCGGUCCAGCAUUUGGUGCUAGUCAGACACCAACAUUUGGUCAGAGCCAAGGCUCCAGCCAGCCCCCUGCUCCAAGCUUUGGGUCACUUUCAUCGUCAACAUCAUCGUCACUAUUUCCUGCUAGCACUCAGUCUGGGCCACCAGCUUUUGGGUCUGUGUCAAGUACUACCCAGCCUCCAGUCUUUGGACAGCAAGCUACCCAACAACCUGGUUUUGGCUCUGGUUCAUCUUCUAGUUCUGGCCCGGUGUUCCAGUUUGGAAGCAGUUCUGCCAAUUUCAACUUUGCAGGCAGUAGCCCGGGAGUAUUUACCUUUGGUGCUCCCCCUGGCGCACAAGCGCAGCCUGCAGGUUCUUCAGGAUUUUCAUUCACCCAGCCUUCAGCAUUUAGCCUGGGCAGGAGUAACGGGAAAAAUAUUUUCUCGACAUCUGGAUCUGCGCUAUCUACUCGGAAGAUAAAGACCGCUGUUAGACGUAGAAAAUAAAUAUUAACAGUUGUUACAGACAGCAACUCUGUUACCACAGCUGGUUGCCCUGCAUUGUUUAAUUACUGAAUUGUACCUCGUGCCGGGUUUAGCUGAAGCCACAUCUGCCUAAACUCUGCUUGCUUUU